CUGCACUGAGAGCUUGUGCAGAUGGAGGUGCCAAUCGUCUCUACCACAUCACAGAAGGAAGCCAGGACAGCUUCCUGCCUGAUUACAUCAGUGGUGAUUUUGAUUCCAUUGAGCCUGAAGUCAAGGAGUACUACAAGGUCAAGGGAUGUGAGUUAAUUGAGACCAUGGAUCAAGACCUCACAGAUUUCACCAAGUGCCUUCAGAUACUCCAGAAAAAGAUAGAGAAGAGGGGCCUCCAGAUCGAUGUGAUUGUGACUUUGGGCGGACUUGGAGGACGCUUUGACCAGACAAUGGCAUCAGUGGAAACGCUUUUUCAUGCAACAAAUAUCACUCCUUUCCCAGUGAUAGUUAUCCAGGAGUGCUCGCUGAUUUACCUGCUUCAACCU